CUCACAAGCUGUUCGAUGGAAGUUCCCAAAGAAAUGCGACAACCUACAUUAACCAUUCAAUCAGUGAAUCCUUACGGAGAAACUCUCCGGCGAAAGCCCUUGCGAUCUUCACGGAAAAUCUCCAGCUGGGUUCUUCUGGGCGUAUUAUGGACGAGGUCACUCUUUGCCUAGCACUUAAAGCAUGUCGUGGAGACCCAAGACGUGGUUGCCAAAUCCACGGAUUUUCCAUAACGUCUGGUUUUACUUCCUUUAUCUGCGUUUCAAACGCUGUAAUGGGAUGAAAUCCGCCGGAGUGGUUUUCGACGCAUUCACUUAUUCCACCGCUCUUUCUUUCUGUGUGGGCUCUGAAGGAUUUCGUUUAGGGUUGCAGUUGCAAUCUACUGUGGUGAAAUCUGGACUCGAGUCUGAUGUUGUCGUUGGGAAUUCGUUUAUAACAAUGUAUUCGCGGGAUGGAAGUUUCAAAGAUGCUAAGAGAGUUUUUGAUGAAAAGCCGGUUAAGGAUAUGAUUUCAUGGAACUCUUUGUUGUCAGGACUUUCUCAAGGUGGCAAUUUCGGGUUUGAAGCAGUGCUUGUCUUUAGGGAGAUGAUGCGAGAAGGGGUGGAGCUUGAUCACGUGUCUUUUACUAGCGUGAUUACAACUUGUUGUCACGAAACCGACCUGAAGCUAGCCAGGCAAAUCCAUGGUUUGUGUAUUAAAAGAGGUUAUGAAACACUUGUUUCUGUUGGUAAUAUGUUGAUGUCAAGCUACUGGAAGUGUGGGGUUGUAGAAGCUGCGAAAUCAGUGUUUUACCAAAUGAGUGAGCGGAAUGUUAUCUCUUGGACAACAAUGAUAUCCGCGAAUAAAGAUGCCGCUGUGUCCAUCUUUCAUGAGAUGCGGUUAGAUGGUGUUGUCCCAAACGAGGUCACAUUUGUUGGAUUAAUCAACGCUGUUAAGUGCUAUGAGCAAAUCAAAAAAGGGCUUAAAAUUCACGGGAUAUGCAUCAAGACUGGUUUUGUUUCGAAAGUGUCUAUUGGCAACAGUUUCAUCACCAUGUAUGCCAAGUUUGAGGCUCUGGAAGAUGCCAGGAAGGCUUUUGAUGAGAUAAAAAUCCAGGAGAUUAUUUCCUGGAAUGCUAUGAUCUCUGGAUAUGCUCAAAACGGAUUCUCACACGAAGCUCUCAAGAUGUUCUUAUCAGCUGCGGCAGAAACAAUGCCAAAUGAAUACACUUUCGGAAGUGUCUUAAGUGCAAUAGCUUCUGCAGAGGAUAUAUCUCUAAAGCAUGGUCAGCGUUGCCAUGCUCAUAUACUGAAACUGGGUUUAUAUAGUUGUCCUGUUGUUUCAAGCGCGCUUCUUGAUAUGUACGCCAAGCGUGGGAGCAUCAAUGAAUCUGAGAAAGUCUUUAACGAGAUGUCUGUAAGGAACCAAUUUGUUUGGACGUCGAUAAUUUCGGCCUAUUCAAGCCAUGGGGAUAUUGAAUCCGUGAUGAACUCGUUCCAAGAGAUGGUUAAAGAAAACAUAGCACCAGACCUGAUCACUUUUCUGUCUGUGUUAACAGCUUGUAAUAGGAAAGGUAUGGUAGAGAAAGGCUAUGAGAUUUUCAACUCGAUGACCAAGGACUACAAUCUUGAGCCGUCUCAUGAGCAUUACUCGUGUAUGGUCGAUAUGCUUGGCCGAGCUGGGAGAUUAAAAGAAGCAGAGGAGCUUAUGAAUGAGGUUCCUGGAGGACCAGGAGUGUCGAUGUUGCAGAGCAUGCUCGGGUCUUGUAGGCUGCACGGGAAUGUGAAGAUGGGAGAAAAAGUGGCUGAGCUUGCAAUGGAGAUGAAACCGGAAUUGUCGGGUUCAUAUGUUCUAAUGUAUAACAUCUAUGCAGAGAAAGGACAGUGGGAAGAAGCUGCAGAGAUUAGGAAAAAGAUGAGGAAGAAAGAGGUGAGGAAAGAAGUAGGAAGCAGUUGGAUUGAUGUUGAUGACAAUGAAGGUUCUUUAACGACGCUUGGUUUCUCUUCAGGGGAUACGACUCACCCGAAAUCUGAAGAGAUUUAUAGAAUGGUGGAAAUUCUUGGACUGGAGAUGAAUUUGGAGGGGAAGUUUGAUUGCAGUUUAGAGAAUUUUAGUUGUAGGAACCCAGUGAGUCUGUGAGUAUAUAUGAUAUGUGAUUGUGAUUGUUGUUUUAUUCACCUACCUGCAUUGAUUGGUUUUGUAAUGACCAUGGUAAACCGGUUUAGCAUGGUUCUCCAAUUUUGACCUUAUUGACC